UAACGUAAUGGUCCGGAAGGACGCAGGAGCCGAUCCGUUGCCGCUGCCGACGCCAAGAACGAGCGAUCAACGAGGAGGAGGAGGACUGGAGCCUGGAGGCGGAACUGCCGACUGCCGAAGAGGUGGCGAGGAGGAGAUUGAGGUGGCGAGGGUAAGGGCCCCUAGGAUUGCGGCGGGCCUGACCUCCGUUCUGCUCAGGUCAGUUUGGUGUUCCGAAGACACGAAAAAUCUGUGGCAUCUUCGUGACGAGGGAUGGGGGCGCGGACUGUUCUGCUCUUGCCGCGCGGCGUGUUACGGCACGGCGAGACGCGGACAGCUCGAGGGACCCGACCCGGAAGGUGUUCGACGGAAUGGGUGAGUGGCGGCGUGCACGAGGUUCGCCAGGAGAUGCGGUACGGUGGCUCCUAAGCUGUGUCGGUGCCGCCGCCAUGUCGUGGAGGGAAGAUCCAGGAGACCAGGAGGGCUUCUUGAAUCGGAUGAGUUGACCACUGAGCCGUAGAGAGUGUUGAUCUAGAGGAACGUUAACAAGAUCUGACUUCAUCAGGAGAAAAAACUAGUGCAACUUUGCUGCACACAGCAACAACGAGGGCACCAUUUCUUGCACUAGUGGAGGUCCAUGUUGUACUAAAUGAAGGUACGCUGUAUGCCAAAGAUCACCAUGACCACCUUUUCUUCCACCACAGCAAGGAGAAUAAACUAUCUACAAAUUGUGGGCAUGCCCUAUAAUACUCAUCUCCAGUUCCCUCUCCAUCGACCUAGAAUUUCUUUGAUUGUUUGCUUUGUGUGUGAGCUUGAACAAUGGCUGAACUGGUAGCCAGCACGGUGAUCGGUCCACUGAUUCGCACGGUGAAUGAGAAGGCUUCCAGCUACCUCCUGGAGAAGUACAAGGUGAUGGAAGGCAUGGAAGCACAGCACAAGAUCCUCAAGCGCAAGCUGCCGGCCAUUCUAGAUGUCAUCUCUGAUGCUGAGAAGCAGGCAUUGGAACAGAGGGAAGGAGCGAAAGCCUGGCUUGAGGAGCUCAAGGCAGUGGCCUAUGAAGCAAACGAAGUCUUCGACGAGUUCAAGUAUGAGGCUCUUCGGCGUGAAGCCAAGAAGAACGGGCACUACACUAAGCUCGGUGUCACUGCGGUAAAACUCUUUCCUACUCACAACCGUGUCGUGUUUCGAUACAGGAUGGGCAAGAAGCUCUGCCGGAUUGUGCAGAGCAUCGAAGUCCUUGUCGUGGAGAUGAAUGCUUUUGGGUUCAGAUUCUUUCCUCAGCCUUCGGUUUACAAGGAAUGGAGGCAAACUGAUUCUCACAUUUUUGACCCAAUGAACACUGCUAGCAGAUCAAGAGAUCUUGACAAGCAAAAAAUUGUUGAUAUUCUUGUUGGUCAUGAUUGCAAUGCAGAUCUCCUGGUUAUUCCCAUCGUUGGAAUGGGGGGCCUAGGCAAGACCACUUUAGCACGGCUGGUUUACAGCAACAUUCAAAUCCAGAUGCACUUUCAAUUGUUGCUUUGGGUCUGCGUAUCUGACACUUUUGAUAUUGAUUCUAUUGCUGAAAAUAUUGUCAAAGGAGCACAUCGAAGCAAGGAAACCGAGGCCAACAAACCAUUGCAGAAGCUUCAAAAUUUAGUGAGCGGGCAGAAGUUCCUUCUUGUUUUGGAUGAUGUCUGGAAUAGAGAUGCUGAUAAGUGGGAGAAAAUGAGGGCUUGCCUUCAACAUGGUAGCUCUGGUAGUGUUGUAUUAACAACAACUCGUGAGAAAGGAAUUGCUCAAAUCAUGGGUACAUGCGAAGCUUAUAAUCUGAAAGCUUUGGAGGACCACUUCAUAGAGGAAAUUAUCAAAUCAAGAGCAUUCAGGUCACAUGGGAGUGAGCCGAGUAAGCUAGUUGAGAUGGUUGGAGAGGUUGUCAAGAAAUGUGCUGGCUCUCCUUUAGCUGCAACAGCACUCGGCUCAGUACUGUGUACCAAGACUAGCCUCGAAGAAUGGAAGGCUGUUAUAAGUAGAACAAAUUGCAGUGAGGAGUCUGGAAUUUUGCCAGUACUUAUGCUAAGCUAUAAUGACUUACCAUCACAUAUGAAGCAGUGUUUUGCCUUCUGUGCUGUGUUUCCCAAAGAUUACGAGAUUGAUGUGAGCAAGUUGAUCCAGAUGUGGAUUGCACAUGACUUAAUACCUAAAUAUCAAGGUGUUCAGCUUGAAACCAUUGGAAAUCAGAUUUUCAACGAGCUAGCCUCUAGAUCAUUCUUUCAGGACGUGAAACAAGUCCCACAUUACAGCGAUGAAAGCACUUAUGGGUACUGUUCUAGAACUACAUGUAAGAUCCAUGAUCUUAUGCACGACGUUGCCCUAUCUAUAAUGGGAAAGGAAUGUGCUACUAUAACUGAUGACUCAAUGAAAAGGGAGUUGUUUCCAUGUGCUGCUCGACAUGUUUUUUUGCCGCGUUCCAAUCAUGUACUUUUCUUGAAUGAUUCUCUGAAGAAAGUAUCCCCAGCUAUCCAAACAGUGCUAUGUGAUGGCAUGAUUGACUGUUCUAUGAAGCAAUCAAAAUACAAGUCUGUGAAAGCAAUAGCAAUACAAUUAUAUCGAAGCACAUUCCCACUGAAACCAAAGCAUCUGCAUCACCUGAGGUAUCUCGAUCUCUCAAGAAGUCUUAUCGAAUCACUUCCAGAGGACAUAAGCAUUCUAUAUAACCUGCUGACUUUGAACCUUUCUUACUGCUAUAAUCUUCAUCGACUGCCAAGACAAAUGAAAUAUAUGACUCCUCUUCGUCACCUCUACACAGAUAAUUGUCCAAACCUGAAGGGGAUGCCUCAGGACCUUGGGCAACUCACUUGCCUACAAACACUUUCUUGCUUUGUAGUAGGUGAUAGCUCUGACUCCUGUAAUGUUCAAGAGCUGAAUCACUUAAACCUAGGUGGUCAACUGGAGCUACUUCAUCUUGAAAAUGUUAGAAAGGCAGAUUGUGAAGCUCCAAUACUCAGUGAUAAGAACCAGCUUGCAAAACUGACACUAAAAUGGACUAUUCAUGAUGAGGAGGACGAAGGACAUUACAAUAAUGUGCUCGAGAAUUUGAAACCUCAUGAUGGGCUAAAGGCUUUAAGUAUAUAUUCCUACCAUGGCUCCACUUUCCCGACAUGGAUAGGUAUGAUGCAGAACAUGGUCGAGCUUAUCCUAUUUGAUUGUAGCAAGUUGCGGUGCUUGUGCAGUGGUGUUACACCUUUCACUUUUCUAAAACUGAAAGAGCUUAGGCUAGAUGACCUGGUGGAUUUUGAGAUAUGGUGUGAGAUAGAGGGGAGGCAUGGGGAGCUGGUUAUAUUUCCACAGCUGGAGAAAUUGAUUAUUCAGGAUUGUAAGCUGACGGCAUUACCAGAAACUGCACAGCUGGGAGAUCAUACAAUGGCACGCUCAGCAUUUCCAGCAUUGAAGGUACUCAAGCUGGUUGAUUUAGCUAGCUUUCAGAGAUGGGAGACAGUUGAAGGAAUUCAAGAACGACAAAUUAUAUUUCCUCAACUUGAGGUAUUAGUAAUUGAUCGCUGCCCAAUGCUAACAGCAUUACCAGCAGCAGCAUUACUGAAAGAAUCGUAUGGUGGAAAUUAUAAUGUAGCACGGUCAUCAUUUCCAGCAUUGAAGGUACUCGUGCUGAAAAUUUUAGCUAGCUUUCAGAGAUGGGAGACAGUUCAUGGAAUUGAAGAACAACAUAUCAUAUUUCCUAAACUUGAAAAAUUAGAGAUGUUUGAAUGCCCAGAGUUAGUAGCAUUACCGCAAGCACCGCUGUUAGAUGAACCAUAUGGAUGUAAUGAUAUUAGGCAGUGGUCAGCAUUUCCACAGUUAAAAGAAUUCAGGUUGGUCCAUGGAAAGUGCUUCAAAAUAUGGGGUGAAACGCAAGGAACAAAUGGCAAAGAACCGACGCUCAAUAACCUUGAAAGUCUUUGUAUUAUUGAUUGUCCAGAAUUAACAACUCUACCUGAAGCACCAAAGCUUAGUUCAUUACGUAUAAUAGAUGGCGGCGAAGAAAUGCCCGUGUUAGCUGUCAGAUACAUGACCUCGCUGUCCAAGUUGACAUUAAAGAUCCAAGACGUUGAAACGACACCACCAGCAGGACACAGUUUGAUUGAGCAAACGGAUUUUGGCAAGGAGAUUUGCACUUCUGAAUCCCCAUUGGUAGAUAUGGAGCUAGACAACUGCAAUGUAUUCUUCCAUUCAGAUGCACAGGCGCUAUGGGCAUGUUUUGUGCAGCUUCGAGUUUUAAAAAUUAGUAGAUGCAAUGUGCUCAUAUACUGGCCAGAGAGAGAAUUUCAGAACUUGGUAGCCUUGAGGAGUUUAAUAAUAUCGGGUUGCAACAAUCUGAAGGGCUACCGGCCACAAGCCCCUGAGCAGUCAACAUCAGGAAGGGGCCAACUCCUAACACGUCUUGAGUCCCUAAAAAUAUAUAAAUGUGAAAGUUUGGUAGAGAUGUUCCACGCCCCACAAUCUCUCAAGAUAUUGCGCAUACAUCAUUGCCCUAAGGUUGAGUCCAUACUCAGCAAACAGAGAUGCAGGAGGUCAGUAUUAAUUGGAGGGCCUUGCAGUGACAACACGGCAUCAUCCGAUGUCGUGUCAGUCUCUCACUCAAGCGAGCUCCCAUCCUUGGUACAACUCCAGCUCUGGUCCUGCAAAAGCCUAGCAUCACUACCCAACGAGCCGCAAGCAUACUCAUCCCUCCAAACUCUUGAAAUUGUGGGAUGCCCUGCUAUAGAAGUGCUCCCCACAUACCUGCAGCAACGGCUGUGCAGCAUUAAAGAGAAAUAUCUCGACACCCGGCACGAAAGGCCAAAGCUACUGAAACCAGCGCCCUGGAAAUAUGCAAUUCGCAGAUAGUAGUAUUCUCUGUCAUAUCAAUAGACAUAUUGAGGAAAGUUAGCAAGCAGAAUAUAACAUCAACACGACCUUGGAGAUGCUAUGUUCUCAAUUUGAAUGUUCCCUGCGCAUCUAGAUGCAGAAAAUCUAAUUUGGAGAAUUGUUUAUUCACUACCCAUCGGGAAUACAAUUUUCACAUUAAUAAAGAAGUCUUCAGAGGACUUUAAU